AUGAAAUCUCUGGCUUGGCUUCAUGUAACUUGGGGUGGCUUUCUGCUGCUCUUGUCGCUCUCAGCUGAUGCUGCAUUUAACGUGAACAUGAAAUUGGAAUCUACGCGGGUUCCAUUGAAGGAUGAUGCGCUGGAAUUGGCCGUCGUGGUAACCCCCAAACAACCAAAACUUAAGCAGCUAACUUUGGAGACUCUUGUUGACACAACAGGAGCUGUCGUGCUUUCUGAAAUCAGGCUUGAAGGAGAUGGAAGCAGGUUCGCGGCCAAGCUGACGGGCGACCAAAUGCUGCAAGCUGGUAUGUACAAGCUCAAGGUCACUGCGGUGAAUGAGGCGACUAAGGAAAGUUCUUUUGAGGUGCUGCCACUUAAGAUUACAACGGCUGUGGAGGUAAUGAGUGCUAAAGCCAAUGGCAAGAAGAUGAAGUUUGGCGACAAGCUUACAGGAAUGAGCUUUAUCGCCGCAGCUGAAGACACUUUGAAAUUAGAAGUGCGAUUACAGCAAGUGCAUAACAAGGCACCUGUGGUGGCCCAUCAAGCUUUUCUUCAUUUUACGCACAUAACAGAGAAGACGGAGGCUUACUUUGUCUUGACUGCCGACACCAAAUCGAUUCAUAGCACGACACUACAAUUUGCGGCUCUCAGCAAAAAAUUUGGUUACAAUUCGGGCACAUAUCAUGUAGAGCUCAUUUUGGGCUCUGCAACUUUUGAAAAAGCACUUUUGUGGGAUUUGGGUGAUGUUGAGCUCCAUCUUGUCGCCGCCCCGCCUGAAACACCCUCUCCGCUUUACAAAAAGCCGCUUCUUCAUGAAAGUGACACAACUCUCAAGGCUUUACCCGUGAUUCAACACGUUAUGCGUCAAGAGGACCCGCGCCCGCCCGUGGUCGUGUCUAUGGCCUUCUUGGGCGCCGUCCUGACCCCUCUGGGUUUAUUCGUUGUAUUUGUGGCGCGUCUUGGACUCAACGUUAAGCGCCUGUUUGAAGGACCUGUCUUUGCUUUCGGCUGCGUAUUUCUGGCGUCUCUGGCUGGCAUAUUCACUCUUUUCGGUCUUUACUGGCUAGAGCUGACCAUGUUCCGUACCCUAAGCUACCUUAGCAUUUUGGGCUCUGUAAAUUUUUGGUCCGGCCAUUUGACACUCAAGCGCCUUGCCGCCACCCCUGGCAAGAAAAAAAGUAAAGCCGAAUAA